CAGCCCUGCGCUCACCAUUCUGUCACUGUCAAUUUUGGAGGGAAAUCGAUCCAUGUUAUCUUCGUAGGAAAUUGCUAACAAAUUAAUUCUAUCGCGUAUUAUGGAUAUUAUUGAGUCAAUAAAGAAAGAUAAAGCAUACCUUAAAUGUAAAUUAAUUGUCAAAAAUUGGGAAAAAGAAUUCAAGAAGAAAUACUCCCGCACACCAUCCAAAUUUGACAUCAAAGAAGCUCCGGCGAAUAUAAAAUACGCCUACAAAAAGUAUUUUCAAUUGAAAAGUGCGUUUUUAGAAAACUCUCUUAGUGCUUGUGACAUUGAUGAAGAACCUAUAGGAUCACCUGAAUCUGUGCAACAUUUAGAUAGAUUGUCAUUUGAUUGCCCAAAUCCUUUAUCAGAACUACUAUUGCCAACCCUACCUAGCGGUGAAGAACUUCAUGAAUUAAUAACAGACUCAAAAUCACAGCAAAAUGCAAAUGCGCCCAGUCCAUUUGUAGAGAACUUGUCGAAAAAGCUUUUUAACAAUAGAAAGUUUUCACUAAGAAAUCCAAGAAAAUUAUCUCGAAUACAGUCCAGUCAGGAUUACAAAAAGGAUGCUAGCAUAUCAGAUAAAGAUGUAGAGCCAAACUUAUCUGUAGAUUUUGGAGUUUCGAAAUUUAAUGUGUCUUUUAUUCAGGACAUCACUUGCACAAAAAAUAGUCUUUCUUCUGAUGUGAUUCAAAUUUCUUUGGAAAAUGUUACCCCAAAAAGACAAAUAGACGAAGCAUGGAUUAACCGUGCUGAUGAUAUUUUAGAAGGUAAUAAUGUAAGUGUUAAAAACAAAACUUAUGAAUUCCAUUCUUUUGGCUUAAGUAACAUUAAAGUGCCAAAUAGUGCUCAAAAAUUAAAUGAUUAUGUUGAAAACAGUGAAUCUGAAGAAGAUAAAGAAUUUGAUAAGUUAAAGCCGGCCUUGAAAAAAAGAAAAUUGAAUAAUUUGACAAAAUAUGCACUGCCACCGAAAGUAAUUUCUUCUACAGAUACACAAUCAUACCCUUCUUCUAGUUACACACUGGGAAAAAAUAAUAAAAGUCCACAUAAAAAGGUGGUUGAAAUUGAAAAUGUAAACGAUAAUUCUAAAGAACAGUGUCCUCCAGAUAUUAGGGAAUAUAUUCCUUUUGGUAUAGAGGAAGUGGUUACUCCCAGACACUACAAUAUUACUGAUAUUUUAAAAAACAAUUCAACAACCAAAAUAACUCAUCAAGAUAAAGAAAACACGGUAGAAAAUAAAUUAAAAGAAAAAAUAAAAUUAGGAACGAUGAAUGAGAAUUUUGUAAAAAUAAACAUAGAAAAGAAAGUUUUUGUGCGUGGUAAGAAGUCAAAGAGCUAUACCAAAUUUAAGAAACAACAAUGGAAAGACAAAAAAGCUCUUCAUGCUGGUAUGGAAUUUCCUGAAAAUGGCAAAAUUUCUUGUUUUAAAUGUGGGUUGACGGGACAUAUGGCCAGGUACUGUUCUGCUCAUAAAGGCGACACACUGCUACCUCUAGAAAGCUAUGAUGAUAAUGAUUUACCAACUUUGGAAGAUAUGCAAAGUAUAGUAUCAAAAGAAACAAAUAAUAUUCCAAAUGAAGAAAUAUUAAGUAAGUCUGUGUCUACAACUAGCAAAAUUCCAGAUUCGUUUUUGAAAAUGCUUGAAUCAAAUAGUUUUUCAAAUACAGACAUAAAACCUAUAUAUACUGAUUAUGAACAAAAAGCACCAAAGGAAGUAUAUGAAAUUUUGAAAAAAUUUGGGCAUGAUUGUUUUCGAUCUGGCCAAGAAAGAGCCAUUAUGAGAAUUUUGUGUGGAAUGUCAACAUUAUUAAUUUUAUCAACUGGGGGAGGAAAAUCUUUAUGCUAUCAGCUUCCAGCAUAUAUUUAUAGUCAGUAUUACAAAUGUAUAACAUUAGUUAUAUCUCCCUUGGUAUCAUUAAUGGAAGAUCAGGUUCUAUCAAUGCCAGAGUUUUUAAAAGCUGGGUGCUUGCACACUGGUCAACCUCCUACUCAACGUCGCAAAAUCAUUCAAUGUCUUAAGGAUGGUGAAAUAAAUAUUCUUCUUAUUUCUCCAGAAGCACUUGUGUCUGGAGACAACUCUAAUGGUUUUGCAGGACUCUUUAAAUAUUUACCAAAAAUUGCAUUUGCUUGUAUUGAUGAAGCUCAUUGUGUUUCUCAAUGGAGCCACAAUUUCAGACCAAGUUAUCUCAUGAUCUGUAGAGUUCUCAGGGAAAAAUUGAAUGUUAAUUGCAUUCUGGGACUCACAGCUACAGCAAGUCAGCCAACUAUACAGAGUGUAAUUAGUCACAUUAAUAUUCCAGACAAUUUAGAAGGUGUCAUAACAAACCCAACAUUACCAGAUAAUCUUAUCUUGUCUGUCUCAUUUGAAAAAGAAAAAGACAGAGCUUUGGUGUCAUUUCUGGCUUCAGAAAGGAUUGAAUCAUUUAAUUCAAUAAUAGUGUAUUGUAUUAGACGAGAUGAAUGUGAAAGAGUAGCAGCAAUUUUAAGAUCAUGUCUUCAAGAGCCAAAUCAAAAUAGGAUGGAGAAAAAAAAUAACAAAAGAAAGAGAAUGUCUUACACAGCAGAAGCAUACCAUGCUGGAAUGUCUGCAGCUCAAAGGAAGAAGAUUCAAAAGCACUUCAUGGAUGGUACUUUAAGAAUUAUUGUCGCAACUGUGGCCUUUGGUAUGGGUAUCAAUAAAUCUAACAUAAGAUGUAUUAUUCAUUAUAAUAUGCCAAGUUGUUUUGAAUCAUAUGUGCAGGAAGUUGGAAGAGCAGGACGCGAUGGCCAAACAGCAUAUUGUCAUGUUUUUAUGAGUUACAGCAGUAAUGACAAAAAUGAACUUUUAAAACAUAUUCAUGCUAAUACUAUAGAUAGACCAGUCAUCAGAAAACUACUUCAUAGUGUGUUUAUUCCCUGUGGAUGUGUCGAUAAAAAUAUUCCAUCAUCUAGUAGAGGAAUUGGUGAUAGGAGAUGUAAUGGGCAUGAAGUUGGAAUACCAAUUGAUAGCACAGUGGAAGAUUUAGAUUUACCUUCCGAAAAUAUUUCUACAUUAUUGUGCUACGUAGAGCUUCAUCCUAAACAGUAUAUUAAAGUCUUAAAUAAUGCAUAUAUUAUGUGCAAAAUUUCUUCUUAUGGAGGACCCAAAAAAAUCCUCGAAGCUGCUACAGCUUGUGCUCCACUUGCAAUGGCUUAUCUAUUGGAAAGCAAAAAAAAAUCAGAUGUUAUGAAAAAUACUAUUUUGGAAUUCAAUGUCAUUGAAGUGGCUGCUGCUAUAGGCUGGGAAAGUGGCAUGACUAAGUACCACCUAAAAAACUUAGAAUGGAUUACAGAAAAUGGAAUGACGAAAAGAUCUCAGCUGAAAGUUGAAUUAAAUACACUGGGAUUCAGAGUAAAAGCACCAGGUGAUUUAAAUCCUACAGAAUUAGACAAUAUUUUGGAUGAUCUUCAUAAUUCUGUUGUAUCCCAAGAAAAAGCCAGAUUAUACCAAUUAGAAGAAAUAAACAAAGCUUUUAGUGACCUGGGAAAUUAUUCUUUAGAAAGCAAUAUCAUGAGUGACGAAUUUCUUAAAUCAAAAUCUGACGAUUUGAAAUUAACAAUACGAAACUAUUUUCAGCGAGAUACUUCAAUACUACAUAGUAAUAUUGCCUUAGAAAAGCGUCCAUUUGAUACUGAACGCGUCACGGCAGAUGUAUGUGCUUUGUUAUCUUGCUACAAAGAUUGUGACUUUACAGGGCGUAGUGUCGCAAGAAUAUUUCAGGGAAUAUCUUCCCCGAAUUACCCGGCUAUAGUCUGGGGUAAAUGUAAAUUUUGGCGCACGCACAUUCAUGAAGAUUUUUAUGGUCUAAUAAAAACAGCGACUGAACAAAUCAUCCGUAACAGAAUAGGAUAAAUAGGAAAUAAAAAUCAAUAUAGCUAACGGUUAUUUUAUUUAUUCAAAUCAAUUGGGGCCGGAUUUAAGGCGGGGCUGUGGACCAGCCUUCUUAGCAUAAGCACCGUCAAAUUACUAUAGAAGUUAACAGUCAGACGCGAUAAAAAAACGUGAUAUAAUGUAAAUUGUGAUGGUCAUGCUACGGGGGCAGGGGUCCUCACAAGAGAGUAAAAAAAACGAGCGAGCUUUACAGUAGUCGCGUAUGAUGUGUAACAUUUGAAAUCGUAUAUUGUAAAAAAAGAAAUAAAACCUACUACAAAAGGAAUAAAUCAUUUGAACAUAUUGACGUUUGUGCGUCCAUGAAGUUUCGUAUUCUUAAUUCGAAAAUUCUACAUUU